AUGUGUGACCUAAGCGACUUUGAGAGUGAUGUGAUCGUCAGUGCCAGGUGCGCCGGUUCCAGAAUUUUAGAAACGGUCGGCCUCCUGGACUUUUCACGCAAGACUGUGUCUAGGGUUGAGAAGGAAUGCCUCCAGAGAAGGUACUCUGGGACAUCAGGAAUACCAGACUUGCCAGAGUUCGUGACUUUGGUGCUGGUGAAUGGAAAUCCCUUCUCCUACUAUGACAGUAACAUCAGCAGAAUGACUCAUAAACAGGAGUGGAUAGCCAAGUCAGAGGGGCCUGACUACUGGGAGAGAAACAUUCAGCUGUACAUUGGUAAUGAGCUGCUCACCAAAACCAACCUGGUUGUUUCCCAGCAGCUCUUCAAUCAGACUGCAGGUGAGGAGAGAAAGCAACGAACAGAGAAAGCAGUGCACUGUGAUGAUAUCUCGACAACUCUGAACCUCACUCGGUCUCUCUCGUUGCCUCUCUCUCUCUCUGGUGUGCACAUAUACCAGGUAAUGUAUGGUUGUGAGUGGGAUGAAGAGACUGGUAUCACUGAUGUGUUGUUUCAGAAUGGUCAUGAUAGAGAGGAUUUCAUCUCAUUUGACCUAAAGACAAUGACAUGGGUCACUCCAAAGCCACAGGCUGUCAUCACCAAACACAAGUAUGACAGUAACAUAGCUGUCAAUGAGGGGUAUAAGCAUUACCUCACCCAGAGGUGUAUAACAUGUCUCAAGAAGUAUCUGCAGAAUGGGAAGAGUACUCUGCAGAGGAUAGUCUCUCGCCCAGUGUCUAUCCUCCAGAAGACCCCCUCCUCUCCAGUUGUGACAUGUCAUGCUACAGGUUUCUACCCCAGAGGAGUGAUGGUGAUGCGGAUGAGAGGAGAAAAGGAUAUCCAUGAGGAUGUGAAGUAUGGAGAGACCCUCCCCAACCACGACGGGAUCUUCCAGAUGAGGUCUCCACUGACGGUGGACCCUAAGGAGUGGGACAACAACAACACCUAAAGCUGUGUGAUCCAACAAGAACCCUGUAUUACACCCUGAUCUGUUCCACCAGUCUUUGUGCUCAUCUCCACCCCAAUCCAGGUGUUGCCCGUCUUCCCCAUUACCCCCAGUGUAUUUAUACUUGUGUUCUCUGUUUAUCUGUUGCCAAUUCGUCUUGUCAAGCUUACCAGCGUAUUUUCUGAGUUCCUGUUUUCUACUAAACUCUGAUUUGACCUCUUGCCUGCCCUGACACUGAGCCUGCCUGCCUGACCAUUCAGCCUGCCCUGACCUCGAGCCUGCCUGCCUGACCA